AAGCGCAGUGACGUCCAUUGGACGCAUGCGCCUGCACCUUCUUUGAGAGAGAGUCGUACAGGAUGCGCGUUCUCAGACGGCGGGCCCGCAGAAAUCCACGCGCACAGGCAUAGACUGAGGGAGCAGGAAAGAAAAUGACGGGAUGACGAAAGGGCGUGCCUCGGUUGCACACAUGCGCAGGAAGUGUGUUGGGUCCUCGAGUGGAGAAAGUGAGGGAGGGAGAAGAAAGUGGAGCCGUUGAGUUGAGCAUCGCUGAGUUGAGGGGGCGCGUGCGCUCGGAGAGAAAGGGAAGGAAAAGGCGGGGCCUCUGCAGGGUAAGUGACGCCCCCGGUGUGUGGCUGGCUGGCGGUGACUCGAAGUGGACGCAACUUCCACAGGACGGAGCGGCCGUCACCGCUUCUAGGGAGAGGAACCGGCGCAACCUCCCUGGGUCCCUUUUUGCCCUUCUCUGUCUCAGCUUCCGCGCCCAGCCUGGGGCUGGUGCUGGGAGCAUGAAAGUUCCGCCAUCCCCUCAGUACCAGCACAGCGGCUCCCACCGCUUCCUGCUUCCCUUGGUCAAGAGGAGCGGCUACUCUUCCUCUCUGUGGUGAGAGGCUUUGGGGCGUCCGGCGGCAGCCGAAGUGAGAGAGAACGCAGGCACCCUCGGCGGCAUCUGCGGUAGUUCUUUGCCCGGCCUUGAGGGAACACCCCUCUCCUUCCAUCCUAUCAUAAAGUUCCUCGCCGUCUCCCGUUGUCGAGCCUCGGAAGACUUGGAUGAGGUUACUUUUAGUGGAUAAAUUAAAAUAAAAUCUCGGCAGGUAAAGAGAGAACGAAGAAAACAACACGCACGUCGCUACCACAUCCCCAAAUAAACCCUGCACAGCUUCGGAUUUCUUUUUCCUUUCCUUCUUCCCUCAAGUUUUGCAUUACAAUAGCAAUCACUGGAGACACUUGUUCACAUUUUUUGAUGUCUUAAUAUGAGUUAAUGAUCUAUUUUUGUCAAAAACUGGUACUUUCUGGGGUUUAUUUUUGGGGGGGGAAACGGAAGGCAAACGAUCUCAUCCCCCUAUCUGCUGGUCAGACCUUUGGAGGUGAAGAGAGAGAACUUUCCUGAAUAUCUGAAUUUCACUGCACCUGAGAAUUACUCCUGGGAUAGUUCCAAUCCCCCCCCAAGCUGUAAAUAGACACAGAUCAACAAUGGAGCAUUGCAAGAUGGAUUACUUCUGUGAUCAGGUACAGCAGAAAGAUGUGGGCCGCAGGAUGCAGAUUGGCCAAGAAUUUUUGGAGUAUCUGAAUGAUCCCAACAUUUCCACCGACCUGGAGCAGGAUCAGCAACGCCUUGAUAAAGUAAUGGAUGAAUUAACAGGAUGGGUCAACUCUAGUAAUUAUAAGGUGUCAUUGCUUGGAUUAGAUCUUCUAGAUGCCUUUGUUGACAGACUUUCAGGACGCUUCAAAUCAUAUGUAGGACCUGUUCUUCUGGUGUUGAUGGAUCGAAUGGGAGAUGCUAAAGACCAAGUUCGAGAACAAGCACAGAAUCUUGCUUUGAAGUUAAUGGAUCAAGCAGCUUUGCCAAUGUUCAUUUGGGAACGCCUUGUUGCUGGCUUUAAACACAAGAACUAUCGUUCACGAGAAGGAGUGUGUCUGUGUCUUACUGCAACAUUAAACACAUAUGGUGCACAAUCAUUGAUUCUCAGCAAACUGGUACCCCACUUAUGCAUCUUGACUGGAGACUGCAAUAGCCAGGUGAGAGAUGCUGCAAUAUUGGCUAUUGUGGAGAUAUAUAGACAUGUAGGAGAGAAAGUAAGAGCAGACCUUAACAAAAGGGGACUGCCCUCUGCAAGGUUACAGACAAUAUUUAUGAAAUUUGACGAAGUGAAAAACUGUGGCAAUAUGAUUUCGAGCAACAUCAGUGAUAAAAGCUUUGACGAUGAAGAGUCAGUGGAUGGAAACAGGCCAUCUUCUGCCUCAGCCUUCAAGGUUCCUCCACCUAAAAAACCUGCAAAUCCCUCCAAUACUUCAAGAAAGCCUGGUUCUGCUGGUGGGCCUAAGGUUGGAGGCACUACGAAGGAAGGAGGAGCUGGUGCUGUUGAUGAAGAUGAUUUUAUAAAGGCGUUUACCGAUGUUCCUACUGUACAGAUCUAUACUAGUCGUGAACUCGAAGAAACGCUAAAUAAAAUCAGGGAAAUCUUGUCAGAUGAUAAACAUGAUUGGGAUCAGCGAGCCAAUGCGCUCAAGAAGGUCCGGUCAUUACUUGUUGCUGGAGCUGCACAGUAUGAUGGCUUUUUCCAGCAUUUACGGCUGUUGGAUGGAGCAUUUAAAUUAUCAGCUAAAGAUCUCAGAUCACAAGUGGUUAGAGAAGCAUGCAUUACAGUAGCCCAUCUUUCAACAGUUUUGGGAAAUAAGUUUGAUCAUGGCGCAGAAGCCAUCGUGCCUACUCUGUUUAAUCUGGUCCCUAAUAGCGCCAAAGUUAUGGCUACUUCUGGGUGUGCAGCCAUUAGAUUUAUCAUUCGUCAUACCCAUGUGCCCAGACUCAUACCUUUAAUAACCAGCAACUGUACCUCAAAAUCUGUUGCAGUCAGGAGACGCUCUUUUGAAUUUCUAGACCUGUUGUUGCAAGAGUGGCAAACUCAUUCCUUGGAAAGGCAUGCAGCUGUCUUGGUUGAAACUAUCAAAAAGGGUGUUCAUGAUGCUGAUGCUGAGGCAAGGGUGGAGGCAAGAAAGACUUACCUAGGUCUAAGAAAUCACUUUCCAGGUGAAGCAGAGGUGCUGUAUAACAGUCUUGAACCAUCUUAUCAAAGAAGUCUUCAGACGUACUUAAAGAAUUCGGGUAGCAUUGCAUCACUUCCACAGUCAGACAGAUCAUCCUCCAGUUCACAGGAGAGCCUCAAUCGUCCCUUCUCUUCAAAAUGGUCCACAUCUAGUUCAGCAAGUAUGGCUGGCAGAGUUGCAGGAAGUAUCAAGACUGCUCCAAGCCCAGGAACGUUGCAGAGGUCCCGUAGUGACAUUGAUGUUAAUGCUGCUGCUGGUGCAAAGGCACGUCAUGCUGCUGGUCAACCAGCAGGAGCUGGCCGUUUAGCAACCGCUGGUCUACCUCCAGGAUCAUAUGCUUCACUAGGGAGCUCAAGACAAAAAGGCAUAGCUGUAUCUUCACAACAGCCCUGUUGGGCAGGACGUGUGCGAACCAAGCUUUCAACACCCUCUAUUAGCAUGGGAAACUCGAAGACCGAUUCCAGAGGCCGUAGUCGAACAAAAGUUGUGUCUCAGUCUCAGCGUUCAUCAUCGCCAGACAAAAAUGAAGCUGGCAGCCGUUCUGGUUCUCCUGGAAGAGUUUUGACUACAACUACACUCUCAACUAUGAACACAGGGGUUCAGAGAGUGCUAGUCAGCCCUGCAACAGCACAAAAACGAAGCAAGAUUCCUCGAAGUCAGGGAUGUAGCAGAGAAGCCAGUCCUUCAAGACUAUCAGUUGCACGAGGUAGUCGUAUUCCUCGACCUAGUGUGAGUCAGGGGUGCAGUCGGGAAGCCAGCCGUGAAAGUAGCAGGGAUACAAGCCCUGUCCGCUCUUUUGCACCCCUUGCUUCCAGGCAUCACUCCAGAUCCACUGGUGCUCUCUACUCUCCAGAUGUUUAUGGGGCUACAGGCACAGGUUUUGGAAUAAGUCAGUCAAGUCGAUUGUCUUCGUCAGUUAGUGCCAUGCGUGUCUUGAACACAGGCUCUGAUGUGGAAGAAGCAGUAGCGGAUGCUUUGAAAAAGCCAGUGCGAAGGAGAUACGAGUCAUAUGGAAUGUACUCUGAUGAUGAUGCCAAUAGUGACGCUUCUAGUGCCUGCUCAGAAAGAUCAUACAGCUCUCGGAAUGGCACCAUACCUACCUAUAUGCGGCAGACAGAAGAUGUGGCUGAGGUCCUCAAUCGCUGUGCAAGUUCCAACUGGUCAGAAAGAAAAGAAGGUCUUCUGGGACUACAAAAUUUAUUAAAAAAUCAGAGAACUUUAAGUCGUGUUGAAUUAAAAAGGUUGUGUGAAAUCUUCACAAGAAUGUUUGCUGAUCCUCAUAGCAAGGUGUUCAGCAUGUUUUUGGAAACUUUAGUUGACUUCGUUCAAGUCCAUAAAGAAGAUCUACAGGACUGGCUAUUUGUGUUGCUGACACAACUGUUGAAAAAAAUGGGUGCUGACUUGCUGGGGUCUGUGCAAGCAAAAGUUCAAAAGGCACUUGAUGUGACAAGGGAAUCUUUUCCAAAUGAUCUCCAGUUCAGUAUUUUGAUGAGAUUUACUGUUGAUCAGACCCAGACACCCAGCUUGAAGACAGUCAAGCCAGCACUGCAAGACCAGCUUCGCUCUUUUUGGAGCUCCAAGGUAAAAGUUGCCAUUCUCAAAUAUAUCGAGACCCUUGCACAACAGAUGGACCCAGGAGAUUUUGUAAAUUCAAGUGAAACACGUCUGGCAGUAUCUCGAAUUAUCACUUGGACAACAGAACCUAAAAGUUCAGAUGUUAGGAAGGCUGCACAGUCGGUAUUGAUUUCUCUUUUUGAACUCAACACCCCCGAGUUUACAAUGUUGUUAAGCGCUUUACCAAAAACCUUUCAGGAUGGUGCCACAAAGCUGCUUCACAAUCACCUCCGGAAUACAGGAAAUGGUGGCCAGGGGUCCAUGGGAAGCCCUUUAACAAGGCCUGUUCCACGCUCACCAGCUAGUUGGUCUAGCCCCAUCACUUCCCCAACCAAUACAUCCCAAAAUACUUUGUCACCAAGUGCAUUUGAUUAUGACACAGAAAAUAUGAAUUCAGAAGAUAUUUAUAGUUCGCUCCGUGGAGUGACUGAAGCAAUUCAGAACUUUAGCUUCCGCAGUCAAGAAGAUAUGAAUGAGCCUAUGAAACGGGAUUCCAAAAAAGAGGAUGAUGAUUCAAUAUGCAGUGGAUCUGGAAUAGUAGAUCUGCGAGCUGGAGGUGGUACCACUGAUACAGGCCGAACAGCUCUUGACAAUAAAACCUCAUUACUGAACACAAUGCCUCCUCAUUCAUCCCCUCGAUCACGUGAUUAUAAUCCAUACAAUUACUCAGAUAGUGUUGGUUCAUUUAACAAAUCAGCUUUAAAAGAGGCUAUGUUUGAUGAUGAUGCAGAACAGUUUCCUGAUGAACAUCCACUGGACCAUUCUGAUCUAGUUGCAGAAUUGCUGAAGGAACUAUCAAAUCAUAAUGAGAGAGUUGAAGAACGGAAAGCUGCUCUUUAUGAACUAAUGAAAUUGACUCAAGAAGAGCCUUUCGGUGUUUGGGAUGAGCACUUCAAAACAAUUCUGCUUUUAUUACUUGAAACCCUUGGAGACAAAGAGCAUGCAAUUAGAGCACUGGCAUUGAAAGUCUUAAGAGAGAUUUUAAGGCACCAACCAGCAAGAUUUAGAAAUUAUGCAGAACUCACAAUCAUGAAGACUCUAGAAGCUCAUAAGGAUCCUCACAAAGAGGUGGUGAGAUCUGCUGAAGAGGCUGCUACCAUGCUGGCCACAUCGAUUAGUCCAGAUCAGUGCAUCAAAGUACUUUGUCCUAUUAUCCAAACAGCAGAUUACCCUAUAAAUCUGGCCGCAAUCAAAAUGCAGACUAAGGUGAUAGAGAGAGUCUCUAAAGAAACACUUGCUCAGCUAUUGCCAGAAAUAGUACCAGGUCUAAUACAGGGCUAUGAUAACUCUGAGAGCAGUGUUCGGAAGGCUUGUGUCUUUUGUCUUGUAGCCAUCCAUGCAGUAAUUGGUGAUGAACUGAAGCCACAUCUCAGCCAACUCACUGGCAGCAAAAUGAAGUUGUUGAAUCUUUACAUCAAACGUGCACAAACAGGCUCAGGAGCAGGUGACGCAGCAGCAGACGUUUCUGGACAGAGCUCGUGAUGCUGGUGCCCACAGAAGAAAAGACACAUCAGUAAAAGGAAAAGUCUCAAACACAACUUUUGGAACUCUUCAUUUUUGUUGGAGGUUUUUUCGCUUUUUGUUUUUCCUUAAUGGAGGGCUAUUCUCAGCCUGCAUGUGACUGUUGCAGUUAUUCCAUAUCCAAGAGAAAAAACAGUAUUAAUAUCACUUGAUUGAAGCAAAAUAAAAAUUUUAAAUCUAA